AUGGCGUAUGCAGAGAAUGGAACCAGAAUCUUGCUUCAAUUUGGAAGGAGAGCACAGUGUUGUGAAUGGGAACAUGGGAAAUUGAAUGAAAGGAAGGGGAGAGGAAGUGGGACUUGUGAUGAUGAAAGUGAAGAAGAUAUGGGAUUGGGAAGUAGUGAUGGAAAUGGGAAAGCCAGAAAACAUGGUGCUGAGAUGGCCUCUUUUGUGUUGAUGUACACCCUGCAGCAUGGACCAACAAAGAAAGGAACAAAACUUGGCCAGCUUCAUUUUGUAAAAUCAGCCGAAAACAUGUGA